GUCAAAUCCUAGAAGAGCAAGACUUUAAAGAGGAAGAUUUUGGCCUGCUUCCGGUUAGCAGGCCAAAGAUGUAUAGAUGAAGGGCACAUAGAUCAACUGUUAGAAAUUAUUCAGAAUGAAAAGAAUAAGGUCAUCGUCAAGAAUAUGGGGUGGAAUCUUGUUGGUCCUGUUGUUCGAUCACUUUUAAGGAGUGAAAAGGAAGAUGAUAAAAGAAAGUGUCAUUUCCUGCUGCUUGAUUUAUUGGUAAAGGGAUUUUUGUCAGCAAUUGGAUACCCUUUUCCCAAAAUGAUUUUUAAUCAUGGAAGGAAAAAGAAGAUUUGGAAUUACCUUGAAUUUGAGGAAGAAGAAGACAAACAGUUAUCAGACUCUAUGGCUUCUCUGGCAUAUCUAGUAUUUGUGCAGGGCAUCAGUAUUGAUCAGCUUCCAAUGGUCUUAAGCCCAUCAUAUCUUUUGCAAUUUAAUAUGGGGCAUAUUGAAGUCCUUUUACAAAGAACAGAGGAGUCUGUUUUCUCCAAAGGAUUGGAUCUGUUGGAGAAUGGUUUACUGAGAAUAGAGGAUAGCAGUCUACUUCACCAGUACUUAGAAAUCAAGAGUUUUCUUACGGUACCUCAGGGCUUAGUCAAAGUAAUGACCCUCUGCCCCAUUGAGACAUUGAGGAAAAAAGGCUUAGCUGUGCUUCAGCUAUAUAUUAACAAAUUGGAUCCACAAGGCAAAUAUACAUUAUUUGGGUGCUUACUGAAUACAAGUAAUCACUCAGGUGUGGAGGCCUUUAUUAUUCAAAAUAUCAAAAAUCAAAUUGACAUGUCAUUAAAGAAAACACAUAACAAAUGGUUUACAGGACCACAGCUGAUUUCCCUUCUAGAUUUGAUACUCUUUCUCCCAGAGGGUGCUGAAACAGAUCUACUGCAAAACUCAGAUAGGAUAAUGGCUUCGUUGAAUUUAUUGAGAUAUUUGGUUAUCAAAGAUAAUGAAAAAGACAAUCAAACUGGUUUGUGGACAGAUCUUGAAAAGAUUGAGAAUAAUUUCUUAAAGCCCCUCCAUACAGGACUCAAUAUGUCAAAAGCACAUUAUGAAGCAGAAAUUAAGAAUAGCCAAGAAGUCCAGAAGUCUAAAGAUCAUUGUUCAUUAAAUGUAGGUAGAGAGGAGAUCCCAAAUAUGCCUCCUGAAAUGCAGCUUAAGGUCCUACAUUCAGCUCUUUUCACAUUUGAUUUGAUUGAAAGUGUUCUGGCUCGAGUAGAAGAACUCAUUGAAACAAAAACAAAGUCUACCUCUGAGGAAAAUAUGGGAUAAAGUGAAAGCUCCAUCUCCUAAAUAAAAACUGGUAAUACAUUAUAUUUUUCAUUAUGGUUUAUUUAAUACCUUUAUAGAAGUUUUUCUGUAAAACACACUGAUAGAAAAUAAAUGUAGCUUCUCUUA